GUUGGGCGAGGUGACGUCAUCACGUGGCCCUCCCAGCCAACAUGGCUGACAUCAUCCCGUUAGCGCCGAUGCGGAAGGGCUCGACGAGAAGCUCUCACUACCGCGCCAACCUACAUUCAAGGUUCUCCCUGGACGAUGAGCCCUCCAACCUGGACGAGAUGCCUCUAAUGAUGUCGGAGGAAGGCUUCGAGAACGACGAGAGCGACUACCAGACGCUGCCGCGGGCCAGAGCCGGCCACCGACGCAGCAGAGGCAUCGGGUGGUUCCUCCUGGGGGGAUGGAGAGUGUUGUGCUGCAGCUGCUGCCAGUUGCUCGCCCGCAUGUGCCGGCGGAAGAAGGAGCUGAAGGCCCGCACCGUCUGGCUGGGCCGCCCGGAGAAAUGCGAAGAGAAGUUCCCCAAGAACUCCAUCCACAACCAGAAGUACAACGUCCUCACCUUUGUGCCCGGGGUUCUCUACCAGCAGUUCAAGUUCUUCCUCAAUCUCUACUUCCUGGUGGUGUCCUGCUCACAGUUUGUGCCGUCGCUCAAGAUCGGAUACUUGUACACCUACUGGGCGCCGCUGGGCUUCGUGCUGGCCGUCACCAUGGUGCGCGAGGCCGUGGACGAGGUGCGACGCCACCGGCGGGACAAAGAAAUGAACUCGCAGCUCUACAGCAAGCUGACGCUGCGUGGUAAAAUCCAGGUGAAGAGCUCGGACAUACAAGUCGGAGACCUGAUUAUCGUGGAGAAGAACCAAAGGAUUCCCGCAGACAUGAUAUUCAUGAGGACGUCUGAGAAAAACGGAGCGUGCUUCAUCAGGACCGACCAGCUGGACGGAGAAACGGACUGGAAGCUGAAAGUGGCUGUCGGCUGCACGCAGAGGCUUCCGGCAGUCGGGGACCUCUUCUCCAUCAGCGCCUACGUCUACGCCCAGGAACCCCAGCUGGACAUCCACAGUUUCGAGGGGAACUUCACACGGGAAGACGCCGAACCCCAAGUCCAGGAGAGUCUGAGCAUCGAAAACACUCUGUGGGCCAGCACAGUGGUCGCCUCUGGCACCGUGAUUGGCGUGGUGAUCUACACGGGCAAAGAAACCAGGAGUGUACUCAACACGUCUUAUGCCAAGAACAAGGUGGGCCUGUUGGACCUGGAGCUGAACCGACUCACCAAGGCCCUGUUCUUCGCCCAGGUGGUUUUGUCCAUCGUCAUGGAAGUACUGCACGGGUUUGUGGGCCCCUGGUUCCGCAACCUCUUCCGAUUUGUGGUGCUCUUCUCGUACAUCAUACCCAUCAGCUUGCGCGUGAACCUGGACAUGGGGAAGGCGGCCUACGGUUGGAUGAUCAUGAAGGACGAAAACAUUCCUGGCACCGUGGUGAGGACCAGCACCAUCCCGGAAGAACUGGGCCGACUGGUCUACCUGCUGACGGACAAAACAGGCACUUUGACACAAAAUGAAAUGAUCUUUAAGCGGCUGCACCUUGGAACCGUGUCCUACGGUACGGACACUAUGGAUGAGAUCCAGAGCCACAUAGUCCGGUCCUACGCCCAGGGGACCUCCUCCAGCGCCACGCCGUCCCGGAAGACCCAGACGCCGGGCCCCAAAGUCCGCAAGAGCGUCAGCAGCCGCAUCAACGAGGCGGUGAAGGCCAUCGCCCUGUGCCACAACGUCACGCCCGUCUACGAGACCAGCGGCGAGACCGAGUUCGCCGAGGCCGACCAGGACUUCAGCGAUGACAACCGCACCUACCAGGCCUCCAGCCCCGAUGAGGUGGCGCUGGUGCGUUGGACGGAGAGCGUCGGCCUAACGCUGGUGAACCGAGACCUGACUUCCCUGCAGCUGAAGACUCCCUCCGGACAGAUCCUGUCCUUCUACAUCCUGCAGAUCUUCCCCUUCACCUCCGAGAGCAAACGCAUGGGUAUCAUCGUCCGGGAGGACUCGACGGGAGACGUCACUUUCUACAUGAAGGGCGCCGACGUCGCCAUGGCGAGCAUCGUCCAGUACAACGAUUGGCUGGAAGAGGAGUGUGGCAACAUGGCCAGAGAAGGCCUGAGAACGUUGGUGGUGGCCAAGAAGUCUCUGUCCGAGGAGCAAUACCAGGACUUCGAGAACCGCUACAACCAGGCCAAGCUGAGCAUCCACGACCGAGCCCUGAAGGUGGCGGCGGUGGUGGAGAGCCUGGAGAGGGAGAUGGAGCUCCUGUGUCUCACGGGUGUGGAGGACCAGCUCCAGGCAGACGUCAGGCCCACGCUGGAGCUGCUCAGGAACGCCGGCAUCAAGAUCUGGAUGUUGACCGGGGAUAAGCUUGAAACGGCAACGUGCAUCGCCAAAAGCUCACAUUUGGUCUCCAGGCACCAAGACAUCCAUGUUUUCCGACCAGUGACGAGCAGAGGAGAGGCCCACCUGGAGCUCAACGCCUUCCGGAGGAAGCACGACUGCGCGCUGGUCAUCUCCGGAGACUCCCUGGAGGUGUGCUUGCGCUACUACGAGCACGAGUUGGUGGAGCUGGCGUGCCAGUGUCCGGCCGUGGUGUGCUGCCGCUGCUCGCCCACCCAGAAGGCCCAGAUCGUCACGCUCCUCCAGCAGCACACUGCCAACAGGACCUGUGCCAUAGGUGACGGCGGGAACGACGUGAGCAUGAUCCAGGCUGCAGAUUGCGGUAUCGGGAUAGAAGGAAAGGAAGGCAAGCAGGCGUCGCUGGCCGCCGACUUCUCCAUCACGCAGUUCAAGCACAUCGGGCGACUCCUUAUGGUGCACGGCAGGAACAGCUACAAGCGCUCGGCGGCCCUGGGCCAGUUCGUCAUGCACCGAGGGAUGAUCAUCUCCGCCAUGCAGGCGGUCUUCUCCUCCAUUUUCUACUUUGCCUCUGUGCCCUUGUACCAGGGGUUCCUCAUGGUCGGCUACGCCACCAUCUACACCAUGUUCCCCGUCUUCUCCUUGGUCCUGGACCAGGAUGUCAAGCCCGAGAUGGCGCUCCUCUACCCAGAACUGUACAAGGACCUAACCAAGGGACGUUCGCUGUCCUUCAAGACCUUCCUGGUUUGGGUUCUGGUCAGCGUCUAUCAAGGGGGCAUCCUCAUGUACGGCGCGCUGGUCCUCUUCGAGUCGGAGUUCGUGCACGUGGUGGCCAUCUCCUUCACGGCGCUCAUCCUGACCGAGCUGCUGAUGGUGGCGCUGACGGUGCGCACCUGGCACUGGAUCAUGGUGCUGGCCCAGUUCCUCAGUCUGGCCUGCUACCUGGCCUCUCUCGCCUUCCUCAACGAGUACUUUGACCUGUCCUUCAUCACCACCUGGCCUUUCCUGUGGAAGGUGUCGUGCAUCACGCUGGUCAGCUGCCUUCCGCUCUACAUCCUCAAGUACCUGAAGCGCAAGUUCUCCCCGUCCAGCUACUCCAAACUGGCCUCCUGAGACAAACACACCUUUUUUUUUUCUUUUUUUUUUUCAAAAACAAAACAUUCCCCCCCUCCUGCUCGCUGCUGCCCCCCAGUGAAGAAGGCGUGUCAGUGCUUGGGUGCAUGGAGGUCAGUGAACCACUGGAGCAAUCGCACACUUUUACUGGAACUGAUCCAGCACAUUAAAAACACCGCCAGAGGAUUUUUGUCACAUCGUUUAGUACGCACUUCAAUCAAAAAACUUUUUUUUUUUUAAUACUUUUUAUACAUUUUUUCUUGAAAAAAGACAAACUUUUUUGUACUUUACUUGAAGUGCAGCUCUUAAUACAGUAAAGAAUGUGCUCGGUCUAGAUCGGGGGUGUCCAAACCUUUGCCACCAAGGGCCACAAAAAGGCUCCUGUGUCCUGUGUUUUGUCAGUUUUCAACUUCAAAACCAGUACAACGCAUAGAUUUUUUUUAAAACAACUAAAAUUGGAAAUUUGGGUAGAAAUUUUGGGUAAAUGCUACAGCGUUAAGUAUCAAAAAUAUGACCAACAUUAGCAAAAUAACACUAGCAUGGUAACAAUAAUAUGUUAACAUGUUAUAUAUCUGCUAAAUUUGCUUAAAAAAAAAAAAGCUAGCAUGCUCAAAUGUGUCAUAGUGCCAAAAUAUAUUACUCUGAAAUGUGUACUUGGAAAAAUGUGUAUAAAAUGCUAGCUUGCUAACGUUAGCAUGCAUCAAGUCGCAAAAUAUGAUUGAGGUGUGUACAUAGAAAUUUUUUGUUAAUGAUGAAGCGUCAAGUAUCAAAAAAUAUCAGUAAAAUUAGCAAAUAACGCUAGCAUGCUAACAAUGAUAUGUUAACAUGCUAUAUACCUGCAAAAUUUGCUAAAAAAGCUAGCAUUCUAAAAUGUGUCAAGUACCGAAAUAUAUUACUCUGAAAUGUGUACUUGGUCAAAUAUUUACAAAAUGCUAGCUUGCUAACGUUAGCAUGCAUCAAGUCGCAAAAUAUGAUUGAGGUGUGUACAUGGAGAUUUUGGGUGAAUGCUGAUGCGUCAAGUAUCAAAAAAUAUCAGCAAAAUUGCCAAAUAACGCUAGCAUGCUAACAAGUAUAUGUUAACAUGCUAUAUAUCUUCAAAUUUGCUGAAAAAAAAAAGCUAGCAUGCUAAAAGGUGUCAAGUACCGAAAUAUAUUGCUCUGAAAUGUGUACUUGGUAAAAUAUUUACAAAAUGCUAGCUUGCUAACGUUAGCAUGCAUCAAGUCGCAAAAUAUGAUUGAGGUGUGUACAUGGAAAUUUUGUGUGAAUGCUGAAGCGUCAAGUAUCAAAAAAAUAUGACCAAAAUUUGUAAAGAAAAAAACGCUAGUGCUAUGUACCUGCUAAAUUUGCCCAAAAAAAAGCUAGCAUGCUAAAAUGUGUCAAGUGCCGAAAUGUAUUACUCUGAAUUGUGUACUUGGAAAAUGUGUACCCAAUGCUAGCUGGCUAACGUUAGCAUGCAUCAAGUCGCAAAAUAUGAUUGAGGUGUGUACAUGGAAAUUUUGGGUGAAUGCUGAAGCGUCAAGUAUCAAAAAAAUAUGACCAAAAUGUGUAAAGAAAAAAACGCUAGUGCUAUGUACCUGCUAAAUUUGCCCCAAAAAAAAGCUAGCAUGCUAAAAUGUGUCAAGUGCCAAAAUGUAUUACUCUGCAAUGUGUACUUGGAAAAAUUUGUAUGAAAUGCUAGCUUGCUAAUGUUAGCAUGCAUCAAGUCGCAAAAUAUGAUUGAGGUGUGUACAUAGAAAUUUUGUGUUAAUGCUGAAGCGUCAAGUUUCAAAAAAUAUGAGCAAAAUUAGCAAAUAACGCUAGCAUGCCAACAAUAAUAUGUUAACAUGCUAUAUACCUGCUAGAUUUGCCAAAAAAGCUAGCAUGCUAAAAUGUGUCAAGUGCCGAAAUGUAUUACUCUGAAUUGUGUAAUUGGAAAAAUGUGUUCCCAAUGCUAGCUUGCUAACGUUAGCAUGCAUCAAGUCGCAAAAUAUGAUUGAGGUGUGUACAUAGAAAUUUUGUGUUAAUGCUGAGGCGUCAAGUUUCAAAAAAUAUUAGCAAAUAAUGCUAGCAUGCCAACAAUAAUAUGUUAACAUGCCAUAUACCUGCUAAAUCUGCUAAAAAAGCUAGCAUGCUAGAUUGUGUUUAGAAAUGAGCUUUGUGCCACACUUUGGACACCCCUGGUCUAGAUGAAGAACUGCACCCAGGCCAGCGUAGUACCUCACCACCACAUAUCUCCUCGGGUGUCGCAACAAUCAAAACGUUUUGGGAACUUUUCCGAGGUGGUGUGUUUUUGAUGGACAGCUGUGGCGGGAAUGAGUUUUAUGAUUCCCGGAAGGUGUUUUAAGAGUUGAAGUUCUCUUCAACUCCCGCCUGACAGUGUUUCAAUGAUCCAUGUACUUGUUGACUAUCAUCAUGAUUAUCAAUGUACCCGUUGACUAUCAUGAUUAUCAAUGUACAUGUUGAUUAUCAUCAUGAUUUUCAAUGUACAUGUUGACUAUCAUGAUUAUCAAUGUACCCGUUGACUAUCAUGAUUAUCAAUGUACAUGUUGAUUAUCAUCAUGAUUUUCAAUGUACAUGUUGACUAUCAUCAUGAUUAUCAAUGUACAUGUUGACUAUCAUGAUUAUCAUUAAGACGGCGGUUGUCGUCGUUUGAAAAGAUUGACGGAAGUUUCUUUUGCAAAAGUUAAUUCCCGUGUUUUGGUCGGAAUCUUGCUGAAACUUUUAUAUGUCCUGCAUUGUAGCUGCUAUUUAUGUCCUCCUUUUCCAUUUAACGACUAAAUAAAGGAAGAAAGUCCACUUA